CUGCACUAAACUCCGCCCUCACGUUUCCAUGCAUUGGCGCGCUUCGUUUUGGUGCUCUGCUCCCCUCCCGGCGGUGGUCAGUAGUGGGCUGCCUAGGCUGUGCAGGUGAAAACAUGGCAGGCAUGAGUGUCACGGGUCCUCGGUCCGGUUCGGCCGCCGGCCCAGUUCAACAGGGACUGAAGGAGGCUCUCAUUGAGACUCUCACGGCGAUUUUGUCCCCGGUUCAAGAAGUGCGUUCGGCAGCAGAGGAGCAGAUAAAAGUGCUGGAAGUAACCGAGGAGUUUGGUGUCCACCUGGCAGAACUCACCGUGGACCCACAGGGGGCGCUAGCCAUCCGCCAGUUGGCGUCGGUGAUCUUGAAGCAAUAUGUCGAGACACACUGGUGCUCCCAGUCCGAGAAGUUCAGGCCACCAGAAACCUCAGAUCGGGCUAAGGCUGCCAUCCGAGAGCUGCUUCCCGGAGGGCUCCGGGAAGCCAUCAGCAAGGUGCGCUCCAGCGUGGCGUACGCUGUCUCGGCCAUCGCCCACUGGGACUGGCCCGAGGCCUGGCCCCAGCUCUUCAACCUGCUGAUGGAGAUGCUGGUCAGCGGGGACGUCAACGCCGUGCACGGUGCCAUGCGGGUCCUCACAGAAUUCACACGGGAGGUUACGGACACACAAAUGCCCCUGGUUGCCCCCGUGAUUUUACCAGAGAUGUACAAGAUCUUCACCAUGGCCGAGGUCUACAGUAUCCGUACACGCUCCAGAGCUGUGGAGAUCUUCACCACCUGUGCCAACCUCAUCUGUGCCAUCGAAGAGCUGGAAAAGGGUGCUGCCAAAGCGCUGAUCUUCCCCGUGGUCCAGCAGUUCACUGAGGCGUUCGUGCAGGCCCUGCAGAUGCCUGAUGGUGCCUCCUCUGACAGUGGUCUGAAGAUGGAAGUCCUCAAGGCGGUGACGGCGCUGGUGAAGAACUUCCCCAAGCCCAUGGUGUCGUCCAUGCAGCAGAUUCUGCCCAUCGUGUGGAACACGCUCACAGAGAGCGCCUCUUUCUAUGUGAGAACAGAGGUCAACUACACGGAGGACGUGGACGAUCCCAUAGACUCGGACGGUGAGGUGCUAGGCUUUGAGAAUCUGGUGUUCAGUAUCUUUGAGUUCGUCCACACGCUGCUGGACAACAGCAAGUUCAAGAGCACGGUGAAGAAGGCCCUGCCCGAGCUCAUCUACUACGUCAUCCUCUACAUGCAGAUCACAGAGGACCAGAUCAAAGUGUGGACGGCCAACCCUCAGCAGUUUGUUGAGGACGAGGACGAUGACACCUUCUCCUACUCGGUCCGCAUCUCUGCUCAGGACCUGCUGCUGGCCGUUGCUACAGAGUUCCAGAACGAGAGUGCAGCGGCGCUGGCGGCCGCAGCCACGAGACACCUGCUGGAGGCGGAGCAGGCCAAGAACAGCGGGAACCAGCACUGGUGGAAGGUCCAUGAGGCCUGCAUGCUGGCCUUGGGCUCGGUCAAGACCAUCAUUACAGAGAACGUGAAGAAUGGCCGCAUUCAGUUCGACAUGCACGGGUUCCUGGCCAACGUCAUCCUGGCCGACCUCAACCUGGUUGCCGCGUCUCCCUUCCUGCUGGGCCGGGCCCUGUGGGCCGCCAGUCGCUUCACCACGGCCAUGUCCCCGGAGCUCAUCCAGCAGUUCCUCCAGGCCACCGUCAGCGGCCUGCAGGACAGCCAGCCGCCCUCCGUCCGCAUCUCGGCCGUCAGGGCCAUCUGGGGCUACUGUGACCAGCUGAAGCUGUCGGAGAGCACCCACGUGCUGCAGCCCUUCCUGCCCAGCAUCCUGGAAGGGCUGGUGCAGCUGGCCGCCCAGUUCAGCUCGGAGGUGCUCACGCUGGUCAUGGAGACCCUGUGCAUCGUGUGCACGGUGGACGCUGCCUUCACCACCAGCGCCGAGAACAAGAUCUGCCCGCUCACCAUCGCCAUAUUCCUCAAGUACAACAACGAUCACGUGGUGGCCUCCCUGGCGCAGGACAUCUUCAAGGAGCUGGCCCAGGUGGAGGGCUGCCAGGGGCCCAUGCAGAUGCGCCUCAUCCCCACGCUGGUCAGCAUCAUGCAGGCCCCCUCCGACAAGAUCCCGCCCGGACUUUGUGCGACCUCCAUCGACAUCUUGACCACAGUGGUGCGCAACACCAAAGCCCCUCUCUCUGAGAUGCUGGUGUGUCAGGCCUUCCCCGUGGUUGCCCAGUGCACCCUGCGCACCGAAGACAACGCAAUCAUGCAGAACGGCGGCGAGUGCCUGCGGGCCUACGUGUCCAUCGCCCUGGAGCAGGUGGGCCAGUGGCGGGACGACCAGGGCAACACGGGCCUGUGGUACGUCAUGCAGGUGGUCAACCAGCUGCUGGACCCCCGCACCUCGGAGUUCACGGCGGCGUUCGUGGGGCGCCUGGUGUCCACGCUGAUCUCGCGGGCCGGCACGGAGCUGGGCGAGCAGCUGGACCAGAUCCUGCGGGCCAUCCUCAGCAAGAUGCAGCAGGCGGAGACGCUCAGCGUGAUGCAGUCCCUGAUAAUGGUGUUUGCCCACCUGGUGCACUCCCAGCUGGACCCGCUGCUGGAGUUCCUGUGCAGCCUGCCGGGGCCCACGGGCAAGCCAGCGCUGGAGUUUGUCAUGACUGAGUGGAUGAGUCGGCAGCACCUCUUCUACGGACAGUAUGAGGGCAAAGUCAGUACGGUGGCUCUCUGCAAGCUGCUGCAGCAUGGCCUCAACACCAACGACAAGCGCCUGCAAGACAUCGUGGUGAAGGGGGAGGAGAUUAUCAACCUCGAGGAGGGCAUCCGGACACGCUCCAAAUCCGCCAAGAACCCAGAGAGGUGGACCAACAUUCCUUUGCUAGUGAAGAUUUUUAAACUCAUUAUAAACGAGCUGUCGUCUGUGGUGGAGGCCAACGCCACCCGCGCCACCGCCUCAGACUGGAGCCAAGAUUCCACCGGCAUGUGGGAGGAGCAGGAGGCCGAGGACGGGCUGGACGAUGAAGACGACGACGAGGACGAAGGCCUGGCGGGUCAGCUGCUCUCCGACCUCAUCGCCUCCAACAAAUAUGACGAUGAUUAUUACGAGGACGAUGAAGAGGACGACCCGGAUGCUUUGAAGGACCCCUUGUAUCAAGUUGACCUACAGGCCUACCUGACGGACUUCCUCACCCAGUUCGCCCAGCAGCCAUGUUACAGCAUGUUCUCGGGCCACCUCAACGACGCAGAGAGGAGAGCCCUGCAGUCCAUAGGCCUCUAGCGCUCCGCCGGCCUCUGGCCCUCUGUAGGCCUCGGGGCCCUCUGUAGGCCUCUGGGGCCUCUGGGCCCAUUUUGGGCCUCUGGGCCAUCUGUAGGCCUCUGGGCCUUCUGUGGGCCUUCUGUAGGCCUCUGUGGGCCUUCUGUAGGCCUCUGUGGGCCUUCUGUAGGCCUCUGUAGGCCUCGGGCCUUCUAUUGACCUCUGGGCCCUCUGCAGGCCCCUGGCCCUGCAUAGGCCUUUGGCCCUCUGUAUGCCUCUGGCCUUCUGUAGGCUUGUGGCCCUGCGGUCCAUAGACCAUCCACCCCAACCCAAACCUGUUUUUAUCAGCUACCCUUCAAAACACUCCCUCAUCACUGACUCUUUCAUAAUCGAUUUACAUCACUGGCAGAGGGGGGGGGGGGGGGGGGGGGGGUGGGGUACAGCCCUACUUGGGGGGGAAAGAGCCAAGCACUUAUUCAUAAGUUUGUGUCGGCCCCCUCCCUCUCUGACUGUCAUUUGUUUGUCACUGGAGUUGGAAGGACGGCAGACACUAAGAGGAGGGAGAAGAGGAACAAUCAUGGCUGAAAUGAGGACGACAACUUAUUUUUGUAGAAAAUGAUUCAGGAGAGGUCUGACUGUUCUUCUCGUGGCACUUUGAAGCAGCUGUGAAGAGACUGGAACACGAGGAGUAAAUAAAGGUUUCCAGGCGUCACAAGCAAGAUGGGGGAUCACGCAUAAUGAACUGACUGCUCGCCCCAAGUUGUCACUUAAUCCAGUAUUUUUUUUUGUCUGUAGAAAAAGAAAAAAAGUGAAAAAUGGAGCAUAAACAAUUAUCUUCUGUGAUACUUGAUGUUUUUAAAAGGAAGGUCAAAUAAUCUCGGUGUUUCUGGAGAGGAGCAUUUGGACAUUGGCGGCCUUAUUUUCCGAAAUAUAAAAUAUUGACUGUUCUCAACAGGAGAUGAAAGCUCUUACAUAUGCGCUCAUGUCUUUGGGUGGAAUGGAUAUUAUUAUGGGAUUUACAGUGUUGCCAUGUAAAUUCACAGCCUUGUCAUUUCCCAUGUACCCAUUAAAGAUUGGGAUGAAAUAUAUUUCCAAAUUA